AUGAGCGCCGUGAGUGCCUCGGGGCACGUGUCCAAGGCGGAGGCGGAGACGGCCACCGGCGACGCCAGCAGCGGCACGGAGUCGCUCGAUGAGCAGGAGUUUGUGUUCAAAGUCGUCGUUGUGGGCGACUACGGCGUGGGCAAAACGUCACUCGUGAAGCGGCUGCUGGGUGUGCCGUACGCGCAGGACGGGGAGGCUGCGGCCCCGGCGCCGGCGGAGGAAUCGCCCGCCGCGGGUAAUCCCUGCAAGUCGGUGACGCCGACCGUCGGCACGGACUUCUUCUCACGCGUGGUGCACAACGUACGUCGUGGGCAGCACGUGCGACUGCAGUUUUGGGACACGGCGGGGCUGGAGCGGUACGCCGCGGUGCACGCCACCACGCACCGCAACGCCUCCGCCGUGGUGGUGGUCUUUGACGUGAGCGACAGGCGCAGCUUCGAGGGCCUGCUCUCGACCCACCUGGAGAGGGCCGCCCACUACAACCCGGAGUUGGACCAGCGCAGCGUGGUCGUGGUCGGGAACAAGACGGACCUCCUGCUGACGUCGAAAGAGACGCACGGGACGAGUACUGCGGCGGAACCCGUGACGCAGUUUGAUCUCCAGUCGAAGCUGCUGGAUUUGCUGCCGGACGUCCUCUACCACGAGGUGAGUGCCGUCACCAGCAUUGGUGUGGGGGGCCUGCUGCACGACUUGUGCCAGUCACUGCUUAGCGUGCACAGCGGGGAGGAAUCCACCACCUCACCGCCGGCGGAGGGGGAGGCAGCGAAGAAGCUGCAGCACUCCGUGCUUCCAAAGGGAAACAGCCCCGCCCCUGCCGUAGAGGCGACACCCGCGGCGCCUCCCGCGCCUCCGGCAGACGUGAAGGCGCCACUGGCGGCGGAUGCGCACUCCCCGAAGGAACGCGUUGACGGCAGCGCGGCUCAGAGCGCCAGCGAGCGGCAUGCCGACCCCCAUCACUUGCCCCUUUCCAGGAGUGGGGAGCUGUCGGUGCACACGCAGCCGCCCUUCGAUCCUGUUUCCGCGGUGCCUGUAGAGGAGACGGCGUCUCCGUUCGAGGAUCACACCGUGGACGGCGGCCACAUAAAUUCCACGGACAACGAUGCCUCCACCUCUCCGCCCAACGUGCCCCACACCGCGGUCAGCAACAUCCGCUUCUUGGAUCCCUCUGCAGUCCGAGAGAGGCGGGGAAGUCACCCCUCACUUUCCCACACCGAAGUGGACGAGGGUAAUCGCCGGAAGUCGGUGGAGUACAGCAGCGCAGACUCUGCGGAGUUUCAGCGGGAGAUCGAAGGUCGGUUUAGACGCGCCGAACUAUUCGCAAGAAACAACGCCGCAGUUUCACAAGAAUCUCAACCGCGGCAGCAGCAGCAGCAGAGGAAGAAGGCGUCCAAGGUAAAUCUCUCGCACUGCUGUGGCCGUGGUGGCGGCGGCGGCGGUGGUGGAUCGUCCGAGAAUAAUUCAAAAGGAUGCAAGUGCUAG